AAAGGGGAAUGUCUCUUUAGAUAUGUAUAAUGGGGAAACCGGGAUGGGAUAGUGUAAAUAAGUUUAAUUUAUUCAGGCCGAAAUGGCUUUGCAGAUGAGAGGAUUUCUGCUAUUAUUGUUUUUUGUUCUUACUUACGGUAACGAGAAUGACAAACUGGAAAUCUUCGACGUGCUUUCUAUCAUCAAUGAUAAUGAAUUACCUGAUGGAGUAGCCAGAGUUCCAGGACGUUGUCAAUCACAACUGGAGCCCCCUUCUGCGUUCUCUCUUAAUGAGAAUGCCACUCUCCAUCAGCUAGCAGCAGGAAUUUUCUACAAUACAUUUCCGGAGGAUUUCUCUAUCAUUGCCGUACUUCGGUUAAGAGGCACAGAUCAAAACCCACUAUUCGUGCUGUAUUCUGACGCUGGCGAUGAGCAGCUUCAAGUGGUUGUUGGUGAAUUAAUAGAAAUCUACUAUGAAGAUACUAGAGGCGAUCCGGAAGACCACGAACUUUUGACCUACAGAGUCAAUAUAGCUGACGACAGGUGGCACCGUAUCGCUAUAAGUAUAAAAGGGGAUUCUGUGACACUACUGGUAGAUUGUGAGAUAAAGGGUACCUUACCACUCUUGAGGAAGCCGGGAAGCACCUUCAACUUGGCUGGAGCGUUAGUUGUUGGGACACAGGUGACACCGGAUCAGUAUUAUGAGGGUGAUAUAGAACUACUUCAAUUCGCAAAUCAACCAGACCUUGCAUAUGAUAUGUGCUUAAACAUAGCACCUAAUUGCGAUGAAAAUGGUUAUUCUAUAUUAGAAAAUGGUUUAGAAUCUAGAAAUAUAGUUUCUAGGCUAGAAUCUACCAGAACUCGCGAAUAUUCAGUUAGUCAACCAACAAGAAAUAUAGAUCACGCAGAACAGUCUGGUCUAGAUUCAACAGAAAACCGUGAAUAUGAGGAAACAGAAAAUGAAUUGACUAGAAAAGUCGUUCGUGCUACAACGCCACUGACGUUCUCUCCAGAGGAAAAUCAGUAUAAUCUUCAAUUUUUUGAUGGGCACAAUCGGACUCAGUUUGCGUCUAGCCAAGUUACAGAAAGACCAUAUUGGCAGUAUCCAGAAAAUUAUGGGUUUAAUUUACCUUACCCAGUUUCAACCGAUAAUGAUGAAAACAGCAUAUUUGGCAGAUUUACAGGCGUUGAUGAUUUUAUUACACCAUCGAACAACGAAGUAACACCGCCCAAUAGGCUUGACAUAAGUACAUAUGAACCAACUACAAUAGAUAAUGAAGGAGAAAUAACACUUAUCACAACAGAAUCUUCGUACACACCUAUGACUACCACUGAGGAUUCAGAUUGGCUUACACAUCCACCUGAAAAGGGUAAUGGAUCAAGUUAUGACUCAUCUGAUACGUAUUAUGAUUAUGGUAGUAAUGGAAACUAUUUGGGACCAAGAGGAUACCCUGGCCCACCAGGCCCUCAAGGACCUAGGGGACCUAAGGGGGAUCCCGGAAAGUCAGGGAUAGAGGGUCAACAAGGUUUUCCUGGGGCUCCGGGGCAUGUCUUCGUGGUACCUUUACAGCAGUCUGGCAACGAAAAGGGACCUGACGCGCAAUCGGAAGCUUUACGGCAAAUUUUAACACAGCAUAUGGCUGCCAUGCGUGGUUCAGAAGGUCCUAUGGGACUCACAGGUCCUCAAGGCCCCGAAGGUGAAAUGGGUCCAGAAGGACCAAAGGGUGAACAAGGAGACCAGGGAGAACCGGGUCCUCCAGGUCCAAGAGGUCUGCAAGGACCACCGGGUAGACUAGGACGACGCGGCCAUGCAGGUAGGGAUGGCGAAAGAGGACCACCCGGUACUACCGGAAUGAAAGGAGACCAGGGAUAUCCCGGAUCAAUUGGUAUGCCGGGAGAUAAGGGAGAAAGUGGUACACCGGGAUUGCAGGGAGAGUCAGGAGCGCCUGGCUCAGAUGGACCACAGGGAGAUGACGGACCACCUGGACCUCCAGGCUUGACAGGAGAAUUGGGUCCUAGAGGGUUUAUGGGCCCUAGAGGAUAUCCAGGUCUAAUAGGAUAUCCAGGUAUACCAGGCAAUGAAGGGCCGCAAGGAACAAAAGGUGCAGCCGGGCAGCCUGGUCCUCCAGGUUCACAAGGACAGCCGGGUUUAAUGGGGCCUGCUGGAUCACCAGGACCUCAAGGUCCAAUGGGCGUACCGGGUAUUCAAGGCCCACAAGGAAAACCAGGAAUAUCGGGGCUUCCAGGUCCAGAAGGUUCACCUGGAACUCCUGGCAAUCCCGGACAACAAGGUCCCGCUGGAGAAGGAGGCCCACCAGGACCACAGGGGAUGUUAGGAUUUCCUGGUCCUCGUGGAUUAAAAGGCGACGAUGGACCAAGAGGAUUUAUCGGAGACAAGGGUGAUAAAGGGAUUAGAGGACUCGAAGGAGAAAAGGGUGAAAUGGGACCAAAAGGGGAACGAGGCCUAACAGGAGAACUAGGACCACCUGGUAUAGAAGGCCCAGAAGGACAAAAGGGUAUUGAAGGUCCAAGAGGGGAAACUGGGUCAUUAGGAUCUUCUGGCGAAAAGGGGGCAAUGGGUCCGCAAGGGCCUCCUGGCUAUCCUGGCAGUCAAGGCGAUAAGGGUGAUAAAGGUGCUUCUGGUAGGCGAGGGCGACGCGGAAAUAAAGGAAUUACUGGAUUGGUUGGAGCUAUCGGCGAUCGAGGUGAACAUGGACCCAGGGGUUAUAGAGGCCCGCGUGGCAGACGUGGUUCUGAUGGUCCACCAGGUCCAAAGGGUGAUACUGGUCAGCCUGGGCCACCAGGUUCGACUGGAGAAAGAGGGCUACAAGGUGUUGAAGGGCCAAGGGGAUUCCCGGGGUCUUUGGGACCACCUGGAACUGAUGGAAAAACAGGCCUGCCAGGUUUACCUGGCGAACGUGGUCCAUCUGGUGAAACUGGAGCUCCUGGACAACCAGGGUCACCUGGUGUAAUGGGACCACAAGGACAGAAUGGCGAUCAAGGUCCACCUGGACCUCAAGGCCCUUCGGGAAUACCUGGAACACCUGGCGAGAUUGGUGCAGCGGGUGAAAUGGGUAAAGAAGGUCCACCUGGACCUCCUGGUCCGGAAGGAAAAUCAGGUCCUGUGGGACCUCUGGGACUAACGGGGCAAAAUGGAGAACCUGGUCCGCCAGGAACCGCGGGUACACCAGGGCAGAAAGGUGACAUGGGUCCUUCUGGACCUCCAGGUGUUAGAGGAGAUAAGGGAGAACAGGGUGAACUAGGCCAAGAGGGCCCUCAGGGUCCAUUAGGUAGAGAAGGACCUCGCGGUUCACCCGGCUCAGGGGGUCAAAAAGGCGAAAUUGGUGAACCUGGCCCGCCAGGACCCGUCGGAAGAGAUGGUCCUACAGGUCCCAGAGGAUUAGCAGGAGCGCCUGGUCCUAUUGGUCCUCCCGGGGAGGACGGAGAUAAAGGAGAAGCUGGGCCCCCAGGGGAAAAAGGAUUUAAAGGAGCAAUUGGUGAACCUGGCCCUCAAGGGUCACCAGGAAGUCAGGGCCUACGUGGUGAACUUGGUUCCGUGGGUUUGCCUGGAGAUAAAGGGCCACCUGGAGAACCAGGACCUCCUGGUAUGCCUGGGGCUGACGGAAUGCGUGGUCCUAUCGGGCCAAUUGGGAAAACUGGUCCAGAAGGAGUAAAAGGAGACCAAGGAAUAAAAGGCGAUAGGGGAGAUAUAGGACACCCCGGUCCACCAGGAUUAAUGGGUAUUACUGGGCCACCCGGGAAACGUGGUAUUAAAGGCAUUCCAGGAGAAAUGGGGCCUCGAGGACCUGAAGGACAACAUGGUGAAGCAGGUAGUCCAGGCGCACCUGGACCACAAGGAUCGCAAGGUCCAGAAGGAAAAAUGGGACAAAGAGGACCUGCAGGUCCAAAAGGAGACGAAGGUCCUUCAGGCGCUAGAGGGGAAAUGGGGCCUAAAGGACCACCUGGCCCUGAGGGUUCGAAGGGUGACAUAGGUCCUGCUGGAUUUCCUGGCGAUAGAGGAGAUCCUGGUCCGCAAGGAAUUAAAGGAGAACCUGGUGUCGAUGGUCCUGAAGGCAGUACAGGACCUCAAGGGCCUAUGGGUCCACCAGGGCCAACAGGAAAACCGGGCGAAAAUGGGACCCCAGGUAACCCUGGUGCUGAAGGUUCGCCAGGAGGUCAAGGAAACACGGGACUUCCAGGGGAAAAGGGGGAUUUGGGACCAAAGGGUUCACCUGGAGAGCCUGGACCAAUAGGACCCCUUGGUCCCAUGGGGAUAGAGGGUCAACGAGGAGUUCGCGGCUUACCUGGGCCCCCGGGCGAUGUAGGUGCUCCAGGAAUGCCAGGUAUAAUAGGUCCACCUGGGCCCAGUGGUGCGGUUGGUCCUCUAGGUGUCAAAGGCGAUAAAGGAAAUCGAGGGCCAAAGGGACACAUAGGCGACACGGGUCCUAUUGGAAUAAAGGGUGACCAAGGGGAAGCAGGGAAAUUGGGUCCAGUAGGUCCAGCAGGAUUACCAGGACCUAAAGGAGACAUGGGGACAACUGGUCCUUCAGGUCUAAAAGGAGACAUAGGUCCUGCCGGUCAACCAGGGCAAGAAGGACCUUUAGGUCCUAAAGGAACUCAAGGACCAGAAGGAAGACCUGGUCUUCCAGGUCCUCCGGGCUUACCGGGCCCACCGGGACCUCCUGCACCUAUGCCGCAGCUACCUGCUGAACUGUUCAGGACAAGAAGCCGGAGAUAUAUAAAUGAGGACUAUGAAGCGACAACUGAUGAUAAUUUGGAUGAAGAAGAAAUAGAAUGGGCCCGCGAAGUCAUGGCCGGUGUAAUAUCGGCUAGGUCCACCCUAGAAGCCACCAAACGACCCUGGGGAACGAGAAAUAACCCAGCCCUAUCUUGUCGUGAUUUAAGGGAUUCCCAUUCGAAUCUUACUGACGGGUUCUAUUGGAUAGACGCCAGAGGUGGAACUGCAAGGCCGAUCCGUGCUUAUUGCAAAGGACACAGUACAUGCAUUUACCCUGACAGGAUUGAUGAAACUAUCUUUGAAUCUGACGGACAUAAAUUUUCUCAUAUUAAUAAUGGAUUUAAGAUCUCCUAUGAAGCCGAAGGGGAAGGGAUGAUACAGCUACGAUUUUUGCGCUUACUAUCCAACAGCGCUAAGCAAAAUUUUACAUACUUUUGCGUUACAACUAAAAUGUCCCAAAGAUCUGACAUUCCGGCGGAUUUGUUACGAUCAAAUAAUAUCAAGCUGUUCGGACAAAAUGCGAUGGAGUUCGCAAAACCUCAAAUACUACAGGACAGUUGCUUGGAGGGAGUUGGAGACAUAGUUCUAGAAAUGAAAACAGCCCGAAGUGACAAACUGCCCAUUACUGAUUUUCAACCAUUGUCGUUCAUAGAUGCACAACACGAGUUCUCAUUUAAGCCAGGACCUGUAUGUUUCACUUGAUAUGUGUAAAUAAUGAUGUAUUUUUGUACAUAGCUCGGACCUUUGUAUGUUUUGUAAAUAAAAUGUUGUUACAGAAA